AGGCAGCCCCGCGCAGCCCUCGCGAGGGCGGCCGGCCCGCGAGCCCCGCGGCCAUGGCGCGGGCCGUGCUGGGCGUCGGGGGGCUGCGGUCGGCGGAGUACCCGCUGAUCCGUGCCCACGUAGGCCGUGCCUUCGUGGAACACGUCGCUGAGACGCACUCUUUCUCACCAUGGAGGCCCGUGAGCGGCGCGCUGGCCGACGUGUGCGAGCACGGCAGCGGCAUAGUGCUCUGCAGGCUCUGGCCACAGCGAGGAGGCCAAGGCGGGGAGUCCGGGGACGGCGCCGCGGCUCGGCAAUGCCUGAGGUACCUCGGGGUGCAGUCUGGCAGGCACGUGGCGCUGGCGCACCCGGAGAUGGGGGCCUGCGGAUCCGGCGCCCCUGCGGGCAGUUCGGCGCCUGCGACGGGCCGUGGCGCGCGCCGCUGUGGGCGCGGGGCGUCGUGGAGUCGCUGGGCUCUCAGGGGUCGUCGGGCGGAGUCCUGGGCCUGCAGUUCGGCAUCGGCACCCCCGGCCGCGGCCCUGGCGCCCCGAGCCUCGAGCGCUUCGGGGAGACGCCGAUGUCGCCCACGGAGGCCCGCGGC